CUCCAAGACAGAACCAAGCCUUCGGAACUUCAUCAAUUCUAAAUUCCGAUUUAUGAUCUUUGUGCGGCAAGCUGUGCACCCUGCCCAAUUGCUUUUUAGACAAACAUCUCCAGCGACAAGACUCGCAGCUAUCAGUGCGCACGUGAGCCCGGGAGUGAUCGGUUUCAGAACCAUGGCGUCCAUACCGAAGACGAUGAAAGCAGUAUAUAUCGAAAAGACGGGUGGAACGGACGUGUUGCAAUAUAAUGAUGUGCCAGUUCCUGAGCCCAAGGAGGGAGAGGUACUGGUUAAGAAUGAGUUCAUUGGUAUCAACUACAUCGAUACAUACUUCCGCUCAGGCGUCUACAAACCCACCCACUUCCCCUAUAUUCUCGGGCGCGAAGGCGCUGGCACCAUCGCAGCAACCGGCCCCAAUACACCCGCUGACCUCAAAGUGGGUGCGCGAGUAGCCUACAUGGGUCAAUCGGCAUAUGCAGAAUACGUUGCCGCGCCAGCCAAAACCACAGUUCCUUUGCCAGAUUCCAUUCCAACCAAGACGGCUGCUGCUUCCUUGCUCCAAGCGCUAACUGCUGUAACUCUCAUCCGCGAAGCGUACGCUGUGCAAAAGGGCGACUGGAUCCUUGUCACGGCUGCAGCUGGUGGUGUCGGAUUGUGGCUGUGUCAGUUGCUCAAAGCGAUUGGCGCAAGGGUUAUUGCGACAGCUAGUACGGAGGAGAAGAGGAACCUCGCAAAGGAAAACGGUGCUGACGUGUUGCUUGAGUACUACGAGGAAGACAGAGACAUUUUCGUGAAGAAGGUUCUAGAGAUCACGGGAGGUGAGGGUGUACAUGCCGUCUUUGACUCAGUUGGUAAGGCCACUUUUGACAGCUCGCUUGCGGUGGUGAGGAGGAAGGGUACUAUGUGUUCAUUUGGUAACGCAUCUGGACCUGUGGAGGGUUUUUCUCUUGGUCGUCUUGGAGCAAAGAACAUCAAGCUCGUCCGGCCUACGCUCUUCAACUACCUCGCUACGCGCGAGGAAGUUCUCGAAGCAUCGAACGAGCUAUGGAAGUUCAUUGAGAAGGAUGGACUGAAUGUCAAGAUUCACGAUAUUUACUCUCUCAGUGAUAUCGUGAGGGCAACGCAGGAUAUUGAGAGCCGGAAGACCACUGGAAAGUUGGUUCUGACACCGUAGGUUUAUGGAUUGUGAAAAUGGAAAUGUGAAAUUAUGAAUUUAUUAGGGGCGGCCGAGAUAGUUAGGUACUCAGAGCACUUCGAAUACCAAUCUCCCGUACAAAGUCAACCCCUCGUUCGACUAUAAGAA